GCAUUUGACCUGAAAAAUGCAAAAUCUGCAUUCUGCGUAGUCUGCAAAUUGUCUGCAUUCUGCAAUAAGUCUGCAGUGCAAGCCUUUACUGAAUUUACAAAAAUAGAGCAUGGGCCAUUGUUUUAAUUGUGGAGAUUUGGAGGCUUCAGCUUAUGUAGAAUUUGCUUGUGGGCAUAGUGCAUGCCAUGAGUGCAUGGAUGUUGUUGAAGACGAUUUAAUCCCAUAUUUAACAGCAAGAGAUGAUAUUUGCAAAACUGAACCCCCAUGUGUAAGCUGUCUUGAGAGCACCUGUUUUGAAUGUGGCGCUUGUUUCAAGAAUGAAACUGAUUUGUUUAAUGAGUACCAUUGUGAUGACUUUAUCGAGUUUUGGAAUUACUUUGAAUGCGAGCUGGUAAUGGUAAACCCAGACAUAGUUCCCCUUGAAUAA